AUGAAAUACCUUCUUUUGCUGGCGCUGAGUUGGGCCACGAGUGUAGUAGCGACUGGCCCACUACCAGUCACGAGAAGUGGCUUGGCUGGCAUUGCGGGAUUCACUUUUUACAAUCCAUAUUGUGGUCAUGGCUGCUUCCGAUCCUUCUCACCUUACAAGUUGCAAUGUUCCUCCACAAUCAGCGCUGGAGGGCUUACCACCGCGGAUGCAAUUGCGCAUGAGCUAGCUCUUUGUCGUGCGUCGGAUUUCCCCUACCUGAGUUCUAUUGCCUGGUGCAUUCGCACGUUCUGCCCCGAAAAUGUCCGGGCGUCGACCAUCGAGAAGUUUUGGGAAACGCAGAUCACAGGCGAUGCCGAGAUAGUCCCAAAAUGGAGCUAUGGCGAGACGUUGGCGAACAUCACCAAACCCCCAACUGUGGUGGCGUCGGGCCAGGAUCUUGUGCUAAACAUGACCAUGGUCACGACUUACACCACCUGGAAGCUCACCCAGGAUACCUUGAUAUACUUUUUCCGCGAGAGCGCCCGGGAAUCAUACUAUGGACUUGCGAUCCUGCUCACAGCCUUCGGUCUGCCACUUGUGCUGACCUGGCUCGGAUAUCUCCCCUUCAUGACUGGUUUCACGGACCACAUCAAACCAUGGCUUUAUCAAAGUAUCAUCGGGACCUACCACGAUCGACCUCUUCCCUUCUUGAUUGGUAAUGUGCCCACUCUUGGGCAGAGCGGUUACAUCGCCGUGAUCGUCAUACUAAAUAUUGUCUUUCUCACCAUCGGCUAUGAGACAUUGUGGCCGAAUGAAGAGAUGCAGUGGUACGAAAAUCACUACCAAGAACUCAUGGCAUACUGGAUGUGGCGCACUGGUGCUCUAGCAUUCUGUCAACUCCCAGUCUUGUUCCUGUUCUCGAGCAGGAACAACAUCUUACUAUGGCUAACCAAUUGGUCCCACUCAACCUACAUGCUGCUCCACCGAUGGGUCGCCCGGCUCUUCCUCAUCCAAACUCUUCUCCAUUCAAUUCUCUCACUGAUACUAUACCAAGACGACGGCCAUUAUUCUUCCACAGUCGAUACACCGCUCUGGUAUUGGGGCUGUGUGGGUACGGUCGCAGCGGUCGUCAUUAUCCUCACCAGCUUUCUUGUCAUACGCCAACGAGCGUAUGAGCUGUUCCUACUCACACAUAUCGUCAUGGCGGUCGUCUGCCUUGUGGGAUGUUGGUAUCACGUCUGGGCCGAUGACGAGGGAGACUUCGGCUACGAGACUUUCCUAUACGCAACGUUUGCUGUCUGGGGCUUUGACCGACUGGCUCGGGUGGGACGAAUCUUGAAGACGGGAGUGAAACGGGCCGUCGUGACCGACGUCGGCGACACUGUUGUUCGCAUCGAUAUUCCAGGACCUCGGUGGUCUUCGCCGGGGCAGUGCGUCUACGUCUACUUUCCGACGCUUCAUCCUUUUCGACCUUGGGAGAAUCACCCUUUUUCCAUUAUCCCUACUGCUGCUCUUACCGGGCGCCCCAACAACGACGGUCCGGUGCCAACCACUUUCGCCGACCCAGAAAAGAACCGCCCAAUCACUGUGACUCCGAGACCUUCAACUCAGCAUGAAGCCUACAGGAAUUCAGGACUAACACUGUUUAUUCGAAAGAAAGCAGGAAUGACGCGAUUCUUGAAGACACGGAACGAAUUGGUCACACUGCUCGAAGGCCCUUAUCCUUGCAAUCCUACCAAGGAAGUCCUCCAGAGUGAUCGACUGUUGCUAAUCGGUGGGGGGAUAGGCAUCACUGGACUGUUGGCAUUCGUCCACUGUCAUCCGAACGUGAAACUCUACCACAGCGUCAAGGCGGAUGAUGCUUGUCUGGUUGAAGCUUUGGCCAGUUUGUUGGGCCAAGUCCGCGACAAGGAAAUCGUCGUCGGGCAAAGAUUGGACAUCAGUGGCUUGUUAAAAGAUCAGGCCGAUCUCGGAUAUUCCAAGAUCGGGGUUGUCGUGUGCGGACCACCUGGUAUGUGUGACGACGUCAGGGCUGCCGUGGCCCGACUUGCCAGAGAGAAAUCAGGCCGCUGUUCGUUCGAGCUUGAGGUAGAUACAUUUGGGUGGUAG